GAAGUCAGCAGGACGACCUGAGCUACCCAGCAGACAUACCCGGACCCCUUGCCAAGACAGACCUCGUUCUCAGUCAGGUUGUGUGCAAGAUGGGCCAAUUCUCAGUUCUGGUUUUGCUGACAGUUCUCUGUGCAUUCUUCGAGGAAACUGAAGCAAAUCCAUUUGUUUACAACUAUGAGAGACUACGAAUUGGAGGCCUGAUCAUUGCAGGCUUGCUUGUAGCAGGUGGAUUGUUUGUCCUACUUAAUCCCAAAUGCACUAGAAAGAACAAAAAAUCUGAAGAUGACACAAGUGAACUCUAAGCGUCUCUAAAGGAUGGAAUCUGACUAACUGGUCGCUGUUGUUCUAAUGAUGAAGAUUCGGGGGUGGGAAUGGGGCAGGGCUCUGGCCAUGACAAUGUAAUGACACCUGAAUGGAUGUGAGAGCGGAUGGAGGGUGGGUGGACCACAAUACAUCUAUUUAUUGUUUUGCUUCUUUAUUGGCUCAAAUAUAUGAGUUUAUUUUCAGGUGUUUUACGGUGGUAGUGAGAUGUAUGAUCGAACAACUGAAAUACAUUUAAUUUAGCUAUAGGCCCUAGGCAUUAUGGUCAAACAGAGUUGUAUUGAGCUAAAACGAUUAGCCUUCAAUUGUUUGUGCAAAUUCUUAUUAAUGAAAAGCCAAAUAAAUACCAUUGAACACCAUUGUUAGAAGUAAACAACAUGCAAAACUGUUUGUAUUCAGAGAUGUGCACUGUGCAUGCUCUCAAUAUAGAAUAUGUAACCAAAACAGGUACUGUACACAACUAUUUUGAAUAUAUUGAUGUGAUAAUGUU